AUGUCCUACCUCUCCAAAGGCAAAAAAACGGCCCACGAUCCCCCGCCAACCCACCUCUCCGCCUCCCAUGCCUCGCUCACCGGCCCAUCAUCAUCAGCAGGGGGUCAAGCACCCCCGUCCGCAUCAGCAGCAUUCAUGACACCCACCUCCCUCGCCUCCCUCACCUCCCCAACCACCACAGGCUCAGCGGUGGCAGGAGGAAUCUCCCACCUCCCCUCCCAAGCCGGGCCCUCCUCCCACAUCACCCCGAGCGGCCUCAACAUCAACCUGCCGGUACCCGUCCCCUCCCUCCGCAGCCGCGAAUCGACCCGCACCACGGACCGCACCGACGCGCUCUGGGCCGAGAUGCAAGCCACGCUGGAGGCGGUGGAACUCACGGCCGGUGGUGGUGGUGGUGGUGGUGGUGGCGGCACCGGCGGCGAUGGCGCUUCCGCCCACACGAGCACGGCGCGCGUCUUUGGCCCCGACCACGAGCGCAAGCUGGACGAGCUGCGGGCGGCGCAGAUCGCGCUGGCGCAGGCGUGGGCGCGGAGCGAGGCGGACGACGCGAUCGAGACGACUGCUGCUGCUGCUGGUGCGAGUGCGUCGGUUGGGGGUGGGCUGGGUGCCGGGGACGGGGCGGCGGCGGGCGGUGUGUCGGAGGGCAGGAGUGUGGUUACGGAUGCGGCGGGGGGUGCGGGUGGGAAGAGUACGGUUGGGACCGGGAGUGCGAGGCCGGGGAGUAGUGGGCUUGGGAUGGGUGGUGGUGGUGGUGGUGGUGGUGGUGGGCAGGAGAGGGCGGGGGGGAAGAAGAUGGAGGAGGAGACUGAGGUGGAUAUCUUGCUGGCGAGGAAGAGGAGGGAGGCGAACGAUCGGUAUUUUCAGAGGGUCAAUCAGGGAGUGCUUGAUGUGGUUUCCAAGUUGGAGGAAGUAGCUAUUGCUAUGCGGGCGGUUGAGCAGGAGAGCAAGGAACUUUGGGGGGACGAUAAUGAGAGUAUCGCAGGAAGCACAAGGACUUGA